AACCCCAGAAAGUAGUGUGUCGACACCAUUAACAACUACAAACUCUCCGACAACAACUGAAUCAUUGCCGACCCCCUCCACUACACAUAUAACAUCCUACCCUGUUAUUACAGGACAAGACAUAACUGUAAAUCAAACCCAAAGCACAUCAAUCCCUACCUCAAUGGAGUCUCAAACAUCUGAAGACACCAGUCCAACCACCAACAAAUUGUCAUCUUCAGGAAUGUCACAAUCCACUUCGGAGAUGUCUUCAAUUGAGAUGUCUACUAAAGAACAUGGUUCCACAAGCCAUCCUUCAAUGGAUGGUACAGCUGUGGUCACAACUGCAGAAUUUCAUAUUUCUACACCAUUCACAACUACAAACUCCCCCAAGACAACUGAAUCAUUGAAGUCACCCUCCACUCCACAUAUAACAUCCUACCCUGUUAUUACAGGACAAGACGUAACUGUAAAUCAAACCCAAAGCACAACCAUCACAACCCCAAUGGAGUCACAAACAACUGAGUACAACAGUCCAACCACCAACAACUUGUCAACAUCGGGUAUGUCACAAUCCACUUUGGAAAUGUCUUCAGCUGAAAUGGCUACUGGAGAACACAGGUCAACAAGAACAAGCCAAUCGUCAAUGGAAAGUACAGCUGUGGUCUCAACUGCAGAAGAAAAUCUUUCCACACCAUUCACAACUACAAAUUCCACAAAGACAAUGGAAUCAGUGACGUCCUCCUCCACUACAGACAUAACCUUCCAACCUCUUAUUACAACAGAAAACAGAACUGCAACGCAAACCCAAAACACACCAAUCCCCACCUCAAUGGAGUCUCAAAGGACUCAACAUACGAGUCCAACCAACAAUAGAUUGUCAACAUCAAGUAUGUCACAAUCAACUUUGGAAAUAUCUUCAACAGAGAUGACAAGUGAAAACAUUGGGUCCACAAGUACAAGGCAAACUUCAAUGGAAAUUACAGAUAUGGUCUCAACCCCAGAAAGUAGUGUGUCGACACCAUUAACAACUACAAACUCUCCGACAACAACUGAAUCAUUGCCGACCCCCUCCACUACACAUAUAACAUCCUACCCUGUUAUUACAGGACAAGACAUAACUGUAAAUCAAACCCAAAGCACAUCAAUCCCUACCUCAAUGGAGUCUCAAACAUCUGAAGACACCAGUCCAACCACCAACAAAUUGUCAUCUUCAGGAAUGUCACAAUCCACUUCGGAGAUGUCUUCAAUUGAGAUGUCUACUAAAGAACAUGGUUCCACAAGCCAUCCUUCAAUGGAUGGUACAGCUGUGGUCACAACUGCAGAAUUUCAUAUUUCUACACCAUUCACAACUACAAACUCCCCCAAGACAACUGAAUCAUUGAAGUCACCCUCCACUCCACAUAUAACAUCCUACCCUGUUAUUACAGGACAAGACGUAACUGUAAAUCAAACCCAAAGCACAACCAUCACAACCCCAAUGGAGUCACAAACAACUGAGUACAACAGUCCAACCACCAACAACUUGUCAACAUCGGGUAUGUCACAAUCCACUUUGGAAAUGUCUUCAGCUGAAAUGGCUACUGGAGAACACAGGUCAACAAAAACAAGCCAAUCGUCAAUGGAAAGUACAGCUGUGGUCUCAACUGCAGAAGAAAAUCUUUCCACACCAUUCACAACUACAAAUUCCACAAAGACAAUGGAAUCAGUGACGUCCUCCUCCACUACAGACAUAACCUUCCAACCUCUUAUUACAACAGAAAACAGAACUGCAACGCAAACCCAAAACACACCAAUCCCCACCUCAAUGGAGUCUCAAAGGACUCAACAUACGAGUCCAACCAACAAUAGAUUGUCAACAUCAAGUAUGUCACAAUCAACUUUGGAAAUAUCUUCAACAGAGAUGACAAGUGAAAACAUUGGGUCCACAAGUACAAGGCAAACUUCAAUGGAAAUUACAGAUAUGGUCUCAACCCCAGAAAGUAGUGUGUCGACACCAUUAACAACUACAAACUCUCCGACAACAACUGAAUCAUUGCCGACCCCCUCCACUACACAUAUAACAUCCUACCCUGUUAUUACAGGACAAGACAUAACUGUAAAUCAAACCCAAAGCACAUCAAUCCCUACCUCAAUGGAGUCUCAAACAUCUGAAGACACCAGUCCAACCACCAACAAAUUGUCAUCUUCAGGAAUGUCACAAUCCACUUCGGAGAUGUCUUCAAUUGAGAUGUCUACUAAAGAACAUGGUUCCACAAGCCAUCCUUCAAUGGAUGGUACAGCUGUGGUCACAACUGCAGAAUUUCAUAUUUCUACACCAUUCACAACUACAAACUCCCCCAAGACAACUGAAUCAUUGAAGUCACCCUCCACUCCACAUAUAACAUCCUACCCUGUUAUUACAGGACAAGACGUAACUGUAAAUCAAACCCAAAGCACAACCAUCACAACCCCAAUGGAGUCACAAACAACUGAGUACAACAGUCCAACCACCAACAACUUGUCAACAUCGGGUAUGUCACAAUCCACUUUGGAAAUGUCUUCAGCUGAAAUGGCUACUGGAGAACACAGGUCAACAAAAACAAGCCAAUCGUCAAUGGAAAGUACAGCUGUGGUCUCAACUGCAGAAGAAAAUCUUUCCACACCAUUCACAACUACAAAUUCCACAAAGACAAUGGAAUCAGUGACGUCCUCCUCCACUACAGACAUAACCUUCCAACCUCUUAUUACAACAGAAAACAGAACUGCAACGCAAACCCAAAACACACCAAUCCCCACCUCAAUGGAGUCUCAAAGGACUCAACAUACGAGUCCAACCAACAAUAGAUUGUCAACAUCAAGUAUGUCACAAUCAACUUUGGAAAUAUCUUCAACAGAGAUGACAAGUGAAAACAUUGGGUCCACAAGUACAAGGCAAACUUCAAUGGAAAUUACAGAUAUGGUCUCAACCCCAGAAAGUAGUGUGUCGACACCAUUAACAACUACAAACUCUCCGACAACAACUGAAUCAUUGCCGACCCCCUCCACUACACAUAUAACAUCCUACCCUGUUAUUACAGGACAAGACAUAACUGUAAAUCAAACCCAAAGCACAUCAAUCCCUACCUCAAUGGAGUCUCAAACAUCUGAAGACACCAGUCCAACCACCAACAAAUUGUCAUCUUCAGGAAUGUCACAAUCCACUUCGGAGAUGUCUUCAAUUGAGAUGUCUACUAAAGAACAUGGUUCCACAAGCCAUCCUUCAAUGGAUGGUACAGCUGUGGUCACAACUGCAGAAUUUCAUAUUUCUACACCAUUCACAACUACAAACUCCCCCAAGACAACUGAAUCAUUGAAGUCACCCUCCACUCCACAUAUAACAUCCUACCCUGUUAUUACAGGACAAGACGUAACUGUAAAUCAAACCCAAAGCACAACCAUCACAACCCCAAUGGAGUCACAAACAACUGAGUACAACAGUCCAACCACCAACAACUUGUCAACAUCGGGUAUGUCACAAUCCACUUUGGAAAUGUCUUCAGCUGAAAUGGCUACUGGAGAACACAGGUCAACAAAAACAAGCCAAUCGUCAAUGGAAAGUACAGCUGUGGUCUCAACUGCAGAAGAAAAUCUUUCCACACCAUUCACAACUACAAAUUCCACAAAGACAAUGGAAUCAGUGACGUCCUCCUCCACUACAGACAUAACCUUCCAACCUCUUAUUACAACAGAAAACAGAACUGCAACGCAAACCCAAAACACACCAAUCCCCACCUCAAUGGAGUCUCAAAGGACUCAACAUACGAGUCCAACCAACAAUAGAUUGUCAACAUCAAGUAUGUCACAAUCAACUUUGGAAAUAUCUUCAACAGAGAUGACAAGUGAAAACAUUGGGUCCACAAGUACAAGGCAAACUUCAAUGGAAAUUACAGAUAUGGUCUCAACCCCAGAAAGUAGUGUGUCGACACCAUUAACAACUACAAACUCUCCGACAACAACUGAAUCAUUGCCGACCCCCUCCACUACACAUAUAACAUCCUACCCUGUUAUUACAGGACAAGACAUAACUGUAAAUCAAACCCAAAGCACAUCAAUCCCUACCUCAAUGGAGUCUCAAACAUCUGAAGACACCAGUCCAACCACCAACAAAUUGUCAUCUUCAGGAAUGUCACAAUCCACUUCGGAGAUGUCUUCAAUUGAGAUGUCUACUAAAGAACAUGGUUCCACAAGCCAUCCUUCAAUGGAUGGUACAGCUGUGGUCACAACUGCAGAAUUUCAUAUUUCUACACCAUUCACAACUACAAACUCCCCCAAGACAACUGAAUCAUUGAAGUCACCCUCCACUCCACAUAUAACAUCCUACCCUGUUAUUACAGGACAAGACGUAACUGUAAAUCAAACCCAAAGCACAACCAUCACAACCCCAAUGGAGUCACAAACAACUGAGUACAACAGUCCAACCACCAACAACUUGUCAACAUCGGGUAUGUCACAAUCCACUUUGGAAAUGUCUUCAGCUGAAAUGGCUACUGGAGAACACAGGUCAACAAGAACAAGCCAAUCGUCAAUGGAAAGUACAGCUGUGGUCUCAACUGCAGAAGAAAAUCUUUCCACACCAUUCACAACUACAAAUUCCACAAAGACAAUGGAAUCAGUGACGUCCUCCUCCACUACAGACAUAACCUUCCAACCUCUUAUUACAACAGAAAACAGAACUGCAACGCAAACCCAAAACACACCAAUCCCCACCUCAAUGGAGUCUCAAAGGACUCAACAUACGAGUCCAACUAACAAUAGAUUGUCAACAUCAAGUAUGUCACAAUCAACUUUGGAAAUAUCUUCAACAGAGAUGACAAGUGAAAACAUUGGGUCCACAAGUACAAGGCAAACUUCAAUGGAAAUUACAGAUAUGGUCUCAACCCCAGAAAGUAGUGUGUCGACACCAUUAACAACUACAAACUCUCCGACAACAACUGAAUCAUUGCCGACCCCCUCCACUACACAUAUAACAUCCUACCCUGUUAUUACAGGACAAGACAUAACUGUAAAUCAAACCCAAAGCACAUCAAUCCCUACCUCAAUGGAGUCUCAAACAUCUGAAGACACCAGUCCAACCACCAACAAAUUGUCAUCUUCAGGAAUGUCACAAUCCACUUCGGAGAUGUCUUCAAUUGAGAUGUCUACUAAAGAACAUGGUUCCACAAGCCAUCCUUCAAUGGAUGGUACAGCUGUGGUCACAACUGCAGAAUUUCAUAUUUCUACACCAUUCACAACUACAAACUCCCCCAAGACAACUGAAUCAUUGAAGUCACCCUCCACUCCACAUAUAACAUCCUACCCUGUUAUUACAGGACAAGACGUAACUGUAAAUCAAACCCAAAGCACAACCAUCACAACCCCAAUGGAGUCACAAACAACUGAGUACAACAGUCCAACCACCAACAACUUGUCAACAUCGGGUAUGUCACAAUCCACUUUGGAAAUGUCUUCAGCUGAAAUGGCUACUGGAGAACACAGGUCAACAAAAACAAGCCAAUCGUCAAUGGAAAGUACAGCUGUGGUCUCAACUGCAGAAGAAAAUCUUUCCACACCAUUCACAACUACAAAUUCCACAAAGACAAUGGAAUCAGUGACGUCCUCCUCCACUACAGACAUAACCUUCCAACCUCUUAUUACAACAGAAAACAGAACUGCAACGCAAACCCAAAACACACCAAUCCCCACCUCAAUGGAGUCUCAAAGGACUCAACAUACGAGUCCAACCAACAAUAGAUUGUCAACAUCAAGUAUGUCACAAUCAACUUUGGAAAUAUCUUCAACAGAGAUGACAAGUGAAAACAUUGGGUCCACAAGUACAAGGCAAACUUCAAUGGAAAUUACAGAUAUGGUCUCAACCCCAGAAAGUAGUGUGUCGACACCAUUAACAACUACAAACUCUCCGACAACAACUGAAUCAUUGCCGACCCCCUCCACUACACAUAUAACAUCCUACCCUGUUAUUACAGGACAAGACAUAACUGUAAAUCAAACCCAAAGCACAUCAAUCCCUACCUCAAUGGAGUCUCAAACAUCUGAAGACACCAGUCCAACCACCAACAAAUUGUCAUCUUCAGGAAUGUCACAAUCCACUUCGGAGAUGUCUUCAAUUGAGAUGUCUACUAAAGAACAUGGUUCCACAAGCCAUCCUUCAAUGGAUGGUACAGCUGUGGUCACAACUGCAGAAUUUCAUAUUUCUACACCAUUCACAACUACAAACUCCCCCAAGACAACUGAAUCAUUGAAGUCACCCUCCACUCCACAUAUAACAUCCUACCCUGUUAUUACAGGACAAGACGUAACUGUAAAUCAAACCCAAAGCACAACCAUCACAACCCCAAUGGAGUCACAAACAACUGAGUACAACAGUCCAACCACCAACAACUUGUCAACAUCGGGUAUGUCACAAUCCACUUUGGAAAUGUCUUCAGCUGAAAUGGCUACUGGAGAACACAGGUCAACAAGAACAAGCCAAUCGUCAAUGGAAAGUACAGCUGUGGUCUCAACUGCAGAAGAAAAUCUUUCCACACCAUUCACAACUACAAAUUCCACAAAGACAAUGGAAUCAGUGACGUCCUCCUCCACUACAGACAUAACCUUCCAACCUCUUAUUACAACAGAAAACAGAACUGCAACGCAAACCCAAAACACACCAAUCCCCACCUCAAUGGAGUCUCAAAGGACUCAACAUACGAGUCCAACUAACAAUAGAUUGUCAACAUCAAGUAUGUCACAAUCAACUUUGGAAAUAUCUUCAACAGAGAUGACAAGUGAAAACAUUGGGUCCACAAGUACAAGGCAAACUUCAAUGGAAAUUACAGAUAUGGUCUCAACCCCAGAAAGUAGUGUGUCGACACCAUUAACAACUACAAACUCUCCGACAACAACUGAAGCAUUGCCGACCCCCUCCACUACACAUAUAACAUCCUACCCUGUUAUUACAGGACAAGACAUAACUGUAAAUCAAACCCAAAGCACAUCAAUCCCUACCUCAAUGGAGUCUCAAACAUCUGAAGACACCAGUCCAACCACCAACAAAUUGUCAUCUUCAGGAAUGUCACAAUCCACUUCGGAGAUGUCUUCAAUUGAGAUGUCUACUAAAGAACAUGGUUCCACAAGCCAUCCUUCAAUGGAUGGUACAGCUGUGGUCACAACUGCAGAAUUUCAUAUUUCUACACCAUUCACAACUACAAACUCCCCCAAGACAACUGAAUCAUUGAAGUCACCCUCCACUCCACAUAUAACAUCCUACCCUGUUAUUACAGGACAAGACGUAACUGUAAAUCAAACCCAAAGCACAACCAUCACAACCCCAAUGGAGUCACAAACAACUGAGUACAACAGUCCAACCACCAACAACUUGUCAACAUCGGGUAUGUCACAAUCCACUUUGGAAAUGUCUUCAGCUGAAAUGGCUACUGGAGAACACAGGUCAACAAAAACAAGCCAAUCGUCAAUGGAAAGUACAGCUGUGGUCUCAACUGCAGAAGAAAAUCUUUCCACACCAUUCACAACUACAAAUUCCACAAAGACAAUGGAAUCAGUGACGUCCUCCUCCACUACAGACAUAACCUUCCAACCUCUUAUUACAACAGAAAACAGAACUGCAACGCAAACCCAAAACACACCAAUCCCCACCUCAAUGGAGUCUCAAAGGACUCAACAUACGAGUCCAACCAACAAUAGAUUGUCAACAUCAAGUAUGUCACAAUCAACUUUGGAAAUAUCUUCAACAGAGAUGACAAGUGAAAACAUUGGGUCCACAAGUACAAGGCAAACUUCAAUGGAAAUUACAGAUAUGGUCUCAACCCCAGAAAGUAGUGUGUCGACACCAUUCACAACUACAAACUCUCCGACAACAACUGAAUCAUUGCAGACCCCCUCCACUACACAUAUAACAUCCUACCCUGUUAUUACAGGACAAGACAUAACUGUAAAUCAAACCCAAAGCACAUCAAUCCCUACCUCAAUGGAGUCUCAAACAUCUGAAGACACCAGUCCAACCACCAACAAAUGGUCAUCUUCAGGAAUGUCACAAUCCACUUCGGAGAUGUCUUCAAUUGAGAUGUCUACUAAAGAACAUGGUUCCACAAGCCAUCCUUCAAUGGAUGGUACAGCUGUGGUCUCAACUGCAGAAUAUCAUAUUUCUACACCAUUCACAACUACAAACUCCCCCAAGACAACUGAAUCAUUGAAGUCACCCUCCACUCCACAUAUAACAUCCUACCCUGUUAUUACAGGACAAGACGUAACUGUAAAUCAAACCCAAAGCACAACCAUCACAACCCCAAUGGAGUCGCAAACAACUGAGUACAACAGUCCAACCACCAACAACUUGUCAACAUCGGGUAUGUCACAAUCCACUUUGGAAAUGUCUUCAGCUGAAAUGGCUACUGGAGAACACAGGUCAACAAGAACAAGCCAAUCGUCAAUGGAAAGUACAGCUGUGGUCUCAACUGCAGAAGAAAAUCUUUCCACACCAUUCCCAACUGCAAAUUCCACAAAGACAAUGGAAUCAGUGACGUCCUCCUCCACUACAGACAUAACCUUCCAACCUCUUAUUACAACAGAAAACAGAACUGCAACGCAAACCCAAAACACACCAAUCCCCACCUCAAUGGAGUCUCAAAGGACUCAACAUACGAGUCCAACCAAAAAUAGAUUGUCAACAUCAAGUAUGUCACAAUCAACUUUGGAAAUAUCUUCAACAGAGAUGACAAGUGAAAACAUUGGGUCCACAAGUACAAGGCAAACUUCAAUGGAAAUUACAGAUAUGGUCUCAACCCCAGAAAGUAGUGUGUCGACACCAUUCACAACUACAAACUCUCCGACAACAACUGAAUCAUUGCCGACCUCCACUACACAUAUAACAUCCUACCCUGUUAUUACAGGACAAGACAUAACUGUAAAUCAAACCCAAAGCACAUCAAUUCCUACCUCAAUGGAGUCUCAAACCACUGAAGACACCAGUCCAACCACCAACAAAUUGUCAACUUCAGGUAUGUCACAAACCACUGUUGACAUUUCUUCCACUGUGUCAACCACUGGAUAUGGUCUUUCCACAUCAUUCACAACUAGACACUUGAAAAAGACAAGUGAAUCAGCAUUUUCCACCUCCACUUUAGAUACCACUUCCUCGUCUGGAUUUACCACACCUAUGACAAUGAUUCCAGGUUCGACCACAGAAAGGAGACCAUCAACGCAAAGCGAGACAGUGACCACAAUUGUGCAUACACAGGCAGACAGUCAGUCAACACCAGUCCACAGUUCAACCUCAAAUGUUACCCUUACGACAUUCACAACAAUAUCUACAACUCAUCAGUGUAAUGAAGAGGACUGUCACUGUCAUGGUGCUCCUUGUUCUUUCAAUGACACUCUUGGCUUAUGUCAGUGCCAUUGCUCUGACUCCACCUUUGGAGAUUUGUGUAUUUAUGGAAGUAAUUUCAUCACAGCUUCCUUUGAUAAGGCAGUACCAACCAGAAAGGCAUAUGUCUCUUUGAGGAUUAUGAGGGAAUUUGAGUCUGAGUAUGAAAAUAUGAACUCCAGCAAGUCCCAAAUAUUAAUCAAAACUUUGAUUAAGGAGCUUAGUGCUCUCUGCAGGAGAGCAGAUCCACACAAUUUUAAAGAUGUAAAAGUCAUUAAUCUAAAACCUGGGAGUAUUGUUGCAGAGAGCAUAGCGGAAUACACCUAUCCCAACAAUGCAUCCCAAAUUGAUUUCCUCAACAAUGAACUGGAACCCAUACUUAGGAAUAUUUUGAACAACACAGAUAACCUAAUGAUCAUCAGUCAAGCAUUUGAAAAUGUGCGAAUCCAGGUUACCAACAUUACCUUCCAACCAAUGGAAAUAAGGAAUAUUGCAGAUUUGAGGUCAUUUGUGGCCUGUCGUCUGGGUUUUGCCAACUACACAGAAGAGCUCUCUGAUGGCAGCUGGAAGUGUGUGGGGCCUUGUAAACAGUAUCCAGACUACUGUCAUAGACACGGAGAAUGCUUUAAUAAUGUUCAAAAUGGACCUAUUUGUCUGUGCUAUGAGUCUUCCCUGGAGCAGUAUGAUGGACCCCAGUGUGAGCGCUUCCACAGAGGAAGAGGUUUCUAUGCUGCACUCUUUGGUGCGCUGGGGGCAGGCAUCCUCCUCAUACUUGUUCUCAUCGUGGUUAUCGUGGUCCUGCGAAGGAACCGUGGGGGACGAUGGAACAUUGACAAGCCACCUGCCAGAAGAAUGAUGUCUCUCAAAGAGGACUUUUUUGACUUCACACAAAGAGACCUCGGUCCAUACCAUGGCAGUUCACCAGUCUACACAAAUACUGAUUUAGUUGACGAAGGCUGCUCAGGAGUAUUCAGCCUGCAUCUUGACAAUGUUGACACAACAUAAAAUGUACAUUUACAGGCAUUAUACUGUCAUUUCUGUUGUUUCAUGUCUUUCAUAUUUGUCAUAUCUUACAAUCUUUGCUAUGAAUGAAAAAUUACAUCCAGUAAUGAGUGGCAGUAAAUAUAAAAUAUAGUAUCUACACUAAAACAUCACACCUCUCUAUAUGCUAUAAUAACAAUGUAUUUACAUGUAAUUACUUUCGCAGUCUAGAGCACCAGCUGUUUAUGAUUCUCUAUUUGAAUGAAUACUAAUGUUGACAUUUUAAGUGAUAUGAUUAUCCAAAAUGUUUGCUCAGGUGAAGACCCAAUGGCCAACAAUAACAGAUUUUCUUCAAAAUAACACAGAAUAAAGUAUUCAAGCUGCCUAAAACGUUUAACCACAAAUAAUUAUUCUUUAUAAUAUGCAUAAUCAUUGUGAAUCAAAUUCAUUUUGUACUGCAGCUGUUUUACUGGAAUUUAGAAGCAUAAGGCUACACACUACUGUCCUUUGAGGACUUGAUAAAUAGAAUGAGAUCUAGAUGAACAAUUUCCUGGCAUUAAAGACGACCCUGUAUGAGUAUUAGAUGUGUACGUUACAUCUGUUGACUAAGUGUAAUAUGUCACUUCUGGGCUUUGGGUUCACAUAUAUAUUUUAAUUUGACAAAUAUUUAAAUAAACGGUGAGACAAAU